CACAAUGUCAACACAUGAGUCAACAUGCAAUGUUUCUUGUGCAGGAUAUUUGCCGGGAAGGCUAUACGACCUCGACGCAUCGAAAUACGGCAACGGCACCGAGCUUCGAUCACUAAUCAAAUCCAUACACGCCCACGGCAUGAAGGCGGUGGCCGACAUCGUGAUCAACCACCGCACGGCCGAGAAGAAGGACCGCCGCGGGAUCUACAGCAUCUUCGAGGGCGGGACCCCCGACGGUCGCCUCGACUGGGGCCCGUCCUUCAUAUGCCGCGACGACAAGAAUUUCUCCGAUGGCACCGGCAACCUCGACUCCGGCGAGCCCUACCCGAUGGCUCCGGACAUCGACCACCUCAACCCCCGCGUCCGGGCCGAGCUCUCCGGGUGGCUCAACUGGCUCAAGUCCGACGUCGGCUUCGAUGGCUGGCGGCUCGACUUCGUCAAGGGCUACGCGCCGCGCGUCACCAAGUUCUACGUGGACCGGACCCGCCCGGACUUCGCCGUGGGGGAGAUCUGGAACUAUCUCUCUUACGGGAAGGACGGGGAGCUGGCGUAUGAUCAGAGCCGGCAUAGGAAAGAGGUGGCGGCGUGGAUGAAGAGAGCCGGCGGGAAAGUGGCGGCCGUCGACUUCACUACGAAGGGGAUCCUUCAGGCGGCGGUGGAGGGGGAGCUGUGGAGGUUGAGGGAUGCUAAGGGAAGGCCGCCGGGGUUGAUCGGGAUAAGUCCGGAGAGUGCUGUCACGUUCAUCGACAAUCACGACACCGGAUCCACGCAGAAGCGGUGGCCUUUUCCGGCGGAGAAGGUGUCGCAGGGCUAUGCUUAUAUUCUUACUCAUCCUGGUGUUCCAUCUGUGUUCUAUGAUCAUUUCUUUGAAUGGGGGAAGAAGGAAGAGAUUACGAAGCUUAUUGCGGUGAGGAGGAGGAACGACAUUGGUGCGGACAGCAAGGUCGAGAUUCUGGCUGCAGAGACGAAUCUUUAUGUGGCGAAGAUUGAUGGUAAGAUCAUUACCAAAAUUGGGGCAGAGAUCGAUCUAGGCAACCUAAUUCCUCCGGAUUUUAAGGUUGCAGCUGAUGGUAAUGAUUAUGCAGUUUGGGAGAAGCAAGCUUGAUUUUUGUGUGUUGUAAAUUAAAUAAAUGCAAAGUUUGAAUAGGAUUUGCCAUUUGUUCCUUAUCAUAAGUUUGGUACCAAGGCUAGGCCCGUGUUAGUUAUCACGGCCAUCUUGGACAUAAUGAAUUGUACAAUUCCGCGUGGAUUGGACAGCCCAUAUGGAGUAUGGGUUUGUUCUUAAUUAUGUUAUAGCGAAAAAAUGUGAUCUCAUACAUGCAAUAUAUUAUGAUGUUUUUUAAUCAAAUCAUAUCGUUUAUUUGUUAA